AUGUCACCAAUACCAAUACCCCAUUCCCUCCAAUUCAUCCGCCUUCACCCACGGGACUUCAUCUCCCCCAGCCCCUCUCCCCAAUCCUCCUCCUCCUCCUCCUCCAAAGGAUCCUCCAGCUUCACAUCCAACCCUUCUCUCCCCUGGAUAAUCAUCGGCAUAGUCGUUGGCCUCACCGUCCUCGCCACCUCAACCACAGUCCUCAUCAUCUACUACAACCGAUGCCAACGCCAGAAAACAAAUCCAAACCCGAACCACCAGCCUCAGUUAAUAACACCAACAACGACACAACUCCAACAACAAAACCAAUCCUCCCCCUUAACUCUCAACUUCCUCCGACGGAAAUCAGCACCGGCCACCCAAUUCGAACAAGAAGAACUCCAGCGCGCCAGCAUGAUCCGCAAAUCCUACGCCAGCCGAUCGUGGAAUUCGCUGUCGCUAGAUAGCCAGAUGUCUAUUUCUAUGAGUAGUCAGCUAUCACCUACCAGGACGUUUGGUACAUAUGGGAGUAGUAGUCGGGUUAACACUUUGGAGAGGGUCAACACCACCAAUAUGAACAUGACGAACACGAACACAAACAACACGUACAAUGAGGAGGACAUGGACCUAGAAAUGGAAACGCCUACGACACCUACAGAGUUGAGGGGGACGACAGCGACGGCGGAGGAUGAUGGAACAGAGGGAGGAGGCAGCAGACUGAAGGAUGAUUGGAAGGCUUGGGAGGCUAGAGUCAAGUUGGAGAGGUCGGUGUCAGGGGAGUUGCAUCCUGCUGUUUGUGCUGGUGCUGGUACUGAGAGUGGGGCCGAGACUGAGGAGGUUGCUGUUGUUCCAAGGACGGUUGUGGCGAGGACGACGACGAGGGGUGGAGUGCCGAUUCCACCGAGGAGGCAUCCGGGCAGGGAGCCCGAGGCGACAGCCAUAGCGGAACCUGAGGUGGAUGGAGGAGUGUGA